AUGGGAACUUCAGUGGAGCUCAUGGCGACAAGCUCCGAAACCCAAGAAAGAGUUGGUCAAGAGGAUACACCUAGUUAUAGGGAAACAGGAGUUCCAUGUUCCUCCUCUAGAGUUGAUGAACAAUGUGAAGAGGAUAGGCUAAAUUCACUAGAAACCAACGAUGGCACUGCUGAGACACCUGAGUGUGACGAAAUGUAUAAUGGUGAGAUGAUUGAGGAGCCAAAAGUGGGGAUGGAGUUUAAUUCUUUUGAGGAAUUAAUGAGCUAUUAUAAGCUAUAUGCUAAGAAAUGUGGGUUUGGAUCCAUUACACAAAGAAGUGAGAGGGAUGCCGAUGGAGUUGUAAGAUAUGUGACCCUUGGUUAUGCCCGUGGGGGAAAGGCUCAGAAUAGGACGAUGAAUGUCGCCAGACCACGCCCGACAGAAAAGACUGACUGUAAGACAAGGAUUAAUGCCUUAAAAGUUGAAGGAAAAAUGCGGUUGACCACAGUCCAUAAUACUCAUAACCAUGGACUGAGUCCACAUAAAUCUCGCUUCUUCCAAUGUAAUCGCCAAGUUAGUGAGGCUGUAAAAAGAGUACUGUAUACUAACGAUUUGGCUGGCAUCCGAAUGAACAAAAGUUUCGGAUCUCUUAUGGUUGGUGAGGGAGGAUUUGAGAACCACCCAUUUUUGGAAAAAGAUUAUCUCAACUACAUCGAUAAGGCAAUACAUCUUAGACUUGAAGCAGAUGGUGCUGGAGCGCUUCGAGACUAUUUCUCUAGGAUGCAAUACAAGAAUCCAGAAUUCUUUGCCUUGAUGGAUUUAGAUGAUGAUGGGAGACGAAAAAAUGUAUUUUGGGUAGAUCCAUGGAGUAGAGCAGCUUAUGAAGCUUUUGGUGAUGUGGUAACAUUUGACACCACGUACCUGACAAACAGAUAUGGGAUGCCCUUCGCACCCUUUGUGGGUGUAAACCAUCAUGGUCAGUCGAUUCUCUUGGGAGCAGGGUUAAUUUCGAGUGAGGACACUGAGACUUUUAUAUGGUUAUUUCAGACCUAA